AUGGCUUCUUGUUCGUGGUGGCGCUUGCCGAUCUACUCCGUCGUCUCGGUGGUCUUGGCCUUCAUGGCCAUCUCCGCAUCCCUUCGCUCGACCGACGAAAGUCUGGUGGCUCCCUCGAGCAGCCCCAGUUUGCACCAACUCCACUUGAACGCCUCGAGAGCUCUCAGAAGAGCUGGGUUCACCGCGAUGGCAGCGCUCCUUCCCGUCGCUCCCGAACUGUUCUUUUCUUCACCUAAUGCGACGAUCUUCGCGAUCAAGGACUCAUUCAUGGCUAACCUCUCUUUGACUCCAUGGCUGAUGGAAGAAGUCCUUCGGUACCACACCUCCCCAUUGAAGCUCUCAGCGGACGAUCUCCUGAAGAUGCCCCAAGGAAGCUGCUUGCCCACAUUGCUUGCUAACAAGAACGUCGUGAUUACCAGAAGCGACGCCAAACGUAGACUUGUUGAGAUCAAUCGGGUUGCGAUAACACAUCCUAAUGUUUUUCUUGGAGAGAGACUCGCGAUUCAUGGAGUUCUUCAGCCACUACUGCACAAAGAACAGGAUUUGUGUUUGGUCCAGUCGGUCAAAUGCAACCGCGAUCCUAGACCGGUGUCGGUUGUUAGGAAGGAGCCCUAUCUUGUCGAUUGGGGUCGAGUAAUUCGAUCGCUGAGCUCCAAUGGAUUCGUUUCCUUUGCAAUUGGAUUGCAGUCUGUUCUUGAUGGAAUUCUGGACGACAAUGCGCACUUGGCUUCAGUGACGGUCUUUGCACCGGCUGAUUUUGGGUUCUUAGCUUCAAACUCGGCAAUUCUUGAAAGGAUGGUCAGGUUCCACAUCUUGCCCCACAGGUACACACAUGAAGAACUCACGAGAUUGCCCGACAAAGCGUCCCUUAGGACGCUUGUUCCUGGUAGGGAUCUUGAGAUUCGCAGAACAACUGCUUCUUGUAGUGCCAAUACGAACCAAAGAACUAGAGUGGCCAUUAACGGAUUAGAGAUUGGAGCACCGGAAAUUUACAAAUCGAGAGAUUUCGUGAUUCACCGAAUAUCUCGAGCAUUGGAGAUCGCAGAAGCAGAAAAUUCAAGAAAGUGGUGAUGAGAGUCGACUCCUGGCUGAUUGCUAUUGAUGAUAGAAAUCAAAUUAAAUGGUGCUUACAGUACACCUGCUAUACCAAGUUCAUUUUGCUCGUGUACUGAUUUUGGUUCUAACUUUGCAUAUGGUACUCUAUGUGCUCACUUUCUUGAGUUGAACAUAGCAACAUCGCGUGGGUCUAUUUGAUGAAAUGAAAUACAAAGUUUGUACUUACCUAACGACCC